AAAAAUAAACGAAACUUUGGUAAAGAGAAAAAGUACAAUAAAACAAAUAUAUGUAUAUGAAACUUUACAAAAGAAAACAAAACCUAUUUUCUAUUAAACUUUAAUAAAAAAGUGUGUGUUUCGUUAAAACUAUAAAUAAGAAGAAAAAGUGUAGAACUUAAGUUUUAAGAAAAUAUGGAUAGUUCUCCAGAUCUAUCCUUAAAGUUAAGGCGCGGUUCGAGUGAUUCUCGUGAUAACUUCUAUAUGGAUUUUGCUCAAGGUAUUGAUUCGGAUAUCGAAGAAGUGGAUAAUACAGCACCUACUGCACCACCUUUACCUUUGGUAGAUGAAUUGGAUUAUGCCAGUAUACCACCUCCACCGCCUCCUAUGAUGGCCUCAGUACAACAACCUCAAACUUUGCCAACUUUAAGUGAACACGAUGAUUUGCCACCUACACCACCACCUCAAAACACAGUAUUACCCUCACCACCACCUUCACCAACAUCGUCGGUGUUGGAAAUGAUGCCGCCACCACCCAUAACACCGCCAGCACAAAUGAAUCGCAAACAAGUGCAGCCACCCUCACCACCUCUGGAAACAGAGGAUGAGGAAGACGAAGAGGAUGAGGCGGAAGAUGGUGAAGAAGCCGAUGUAGAGGAAACUCCUGAUGAAGAGCCUGAAGACACUGAACCCGAGGCUCAAAAGAAUGGUGUUAAUGGUGACGAAGAUGGUGACGAUGAUGAUGAAGAUCCUCCACCACUACCAGCUCAUUUGUCUUAUGAACAAAAUCAAGAUGAUGACGAUGAUAAUAAUUUACCACAACCAAUGCAGGGACGUACACCCUCUACUUCGCCCUCGCCACCGGUAACACCACCACCAUGUCCCGAAUUGACUUCAAUACAAAAGAUAGUUUCACCACCUCCACAACAUGUCUCGCAAAUACCACCACUGACACCACCCUCCGAAAGUGAUCAAUCCCAACCAAAUUCCCCACCACCAGUACCCCGACAUACCACAAAUAUUAUGCCUUCGACUCCACCACCACCACCCGAAUGUGAUACAGUAGAUGACGAACAGCCACCUACACCACCACCUGAAUUCGGUCAAACCGAAGAAGAACCAGAACCAGAAGAAGAAGUAGAAGAAGAGGUGGAAGAUGAGGAGAAACCUGAACAAGAAAUAGAUAUAUCAGGAACUGGUGAUAUUCCUACUAUGGAUUUGGUACAAGAAGUUUUAAAGGAAGCUGCCAAACAAGCUUUGGAAGGUGACGAAACUAAAUCCUCAAAAGAAGACGAUUCUACAACCAUUACCACGCCGCCUAGUAAUGGUUAUUCUGGUUCAUCUAUAUUGCCUCAUCAACCAGAUGAAGAAGAGGAAGAUCCUGAACUAAUGUUAGCUAAUAUACCACCCCCAGCUGGUCUAGAAGAUAAUCCAGAAGAUGAAGAGGGUACCAAGACUCCAGUGUCGGAAACAAAACCCUUGGACUUAGAUGAAUUGUCAUCUGAACAUAUACCACCACCAUUGGAUGAAGGUGAAGAAAUAGAGAAAAAGUCCUCUCUACCCGGUACACCCACAUCACAAGUAUCCCAAAUAUCACAGGCCACACCAACACCUACAAUUUCGGGCUCACCCAAACGAAAAAGUAGCGUUACAAGUGCUGGUGCUGCAAGUGUUGCUGCCAGUGGUAGUCGUGUUCCUAGUCGCAGUGGUAGUCGCAGUGGCAGUCGUAGCGGAAGUCGCACUGCAAGUCGUACUGGCAGUAUACGGGGAGGAGCUGGUGGCAGUAUAGGCUCCCGAGCUGGUAGCAUAGCUGCUGCUUCGGUUGCCUCAGCAGCUGCUUCUAUUGUAUCAGCCUCGCAAUCUAUAAAGGCUGAGGUUAUAACAUCACCACCUCACUCGAUUAAAUCGAUAAGAAGUCCUCCUGGUUCCAUUCGUUCACACACUUCAAAACCUAGUCCUUCACCCUCACAGAAAAGUCAACCGGCAGUACUGGCUAUGUCAUCGCCACCAGCAUCAAUUGGUGAUGCACGUGUUCAAAGUCCUCAAGAAGGAGAUAGUCCACCAGCAAUGCCUUCGCCACCUAUAAUGCGCAGUCCACCACAACUGAAAAGUCCACCAUCUAUGCACAGCCCACCAAGAGUUACAAGUCCUCCCAAGGUGUAUAGUCCUCAGUUGAUAAGCAGUCCGCCUAUGCGUAAAGUAGAUGAAAUCGAUGCAGAGAAAGCUGAAAAACCUACCAUUACGGAUUCAUUGCCAUCAACAUCUUCGGCAGCAUCAACCAGUGAUACACCUUUAGCCGCCACAACAACAUCAACAUUUUCUGCUGCUGCUGCUACUACAACAAUUUCCUAUAGGGAUGAACAACAGCAGCAGCAGCCAUCAGCACCAGUUAUUGUAGCUAAUCAAAAACCAGUAGUACGUCAUCAGUUAAGUAGUCAUCAUCACUAUCAUUUACCACAUCAAUUCCAACAUCCUCACCAUCAGAAUCAUCAUACACACAAUCACGGUGUCGUACCAGUUCCAACACCCACAGUACCGGCUUCUUAUACAGCAUCCAGUUUGUUACAAGAAUCCCGUCAUAUGCGAGCCGCUAGUGGCAGUGGUGAUGAAUCGUUAUUAAGACGCCCUGCCUCCUCGCCACCGCCCUCUUCAACUGUGACACCUUCACCAAAUCUUUUAGUUUCGUCGGAGACUGUAUCACAUGACUCUGUGUCGCCGGCCAAGUCAACUGCUCGUAUACGUGAUUCGGGUUCACAGCAUCGUGUGACAAUUGAUGAAUCCAAUUUGCCGGUGGCAUCAUCAUUGAGUGGUGUUUGUGGUGGAGGCGGUGGUGGGGAUGGUGAUGGUUCUGGUCCUCCGUCACCGGGUACAUCGUCACAGCAACAUCUAACUGGCGAUGAACGUCAGACGGGUCAUUUGGCGUUAAUGUAUCAUUCUAGUCAGUUGACAAAUUAUCCAGUAUUACCAGCUAUUAAGAGAACCCAUCGUCCUUCAUUCAUUUAUCCACCAAUGCCGAGAGUUAGAGCAGGUGAUGCUUUGGCAACGUUAUUCUCCGCCCUAUAUGGCAAAAUAUUGGUUGUUAUGGGUAUUGCAUUUCCAAUGGCUGAAGUUAUAUCCACUUAUAUACCACCAUCAUUUUAUGAGGUCUAUUAUUUAUAUCUAUACAUUGGCAGCAUGAUAUUCCUGCUAUUUAUGUAUGCCACUUUGUUAUGGGGUCGUCCUAAAAUACCUGUCAAUAUUGCAUCUCCUACAAAAUUAUCAGCCAAAACACGUUCGACAAGUGCUUCAGAGAGUAUGGAUGAAUCGGAUACGGAUAGUAAUUCCAUGCAUAACAGACGUAUGCCAUCGACAGUACCUUCAGCUAGAAGACCCUCUUUGUUGUCACCUCUAGGACGUCAACACCAUUAUGGCAGUUUUUAUCUACGUAUGGGUGCUGUGGCUUUUGGUAUUGGCAGCAUGAUUUAUUCGGGUUUGGAAUUUGGUCAAUAUUUCGAAUUGAAUCCAGAUACAAAGUGUCAUAAUGUGUUAUUGGCUUUAACACCGGCUACCAGAAUGGCUUUUAUCUUUAUACAAAUGUAUUUUAUAUUUUUGAAUAAUGAGCAAAUCAAAGUUUAUCGUUAUAAAAUCAUAGCCCGUUUCGGUCUAAUGCAUAUGAUUGGCACCAAUUUGGCCGUCUGGCUCAAUGUACUGAUACAAGAAACUAAACACGAAAUCUUAACAUUCUAUAAUGUGGAAAAUCGAACGUUGCGUAUAUCACAUCGUAUACCAGGACACUCUAGGGCUCACUCCAUUUUAGCGCCAUCUGAUCCCAACGCCCUAGUAAGAGUACCUAGAGGUUUAAAGGGUCCUUAUCAAAUAUUCGAAUGUCGUCGUACAAAUAUUUUGGGUACAUUAGUGCAAGAUGCUUCGCCAUUUCUGUUUCCAUGUACUAUUGAAUAUUCAUUGAUAUGUGCCGCUAUAUUGUAUGUUAUGUGGAAGAGUAUAUCAAGGCCUCAGACUCCCAAACCCCAUAGACCAGAUAUGAUUAGCUCACCGGUAAAAAGAUCUCCUCAUCAUUACUCGGUGGAUUGUGCUCGGGCCCAUAAGGGUUUGUUUGUGGGUAUCUUGGUGUUGGUUUUGACUAUUAUAUCUUUGAUAUUAUUCUUCGUUUUGAUAUCAAGACCAGAUUUCGUGGCUCUAGCCGUAAUGGAGGUAACAAUAUGUGAAUUGUUUAUAUAUGGCACAGCGACAAUAGCAACGUUAGUGGGCAUGAUACAAAUAAGACAUUUACAGUAUGAUGCAUUUAGAAGUUUUUCACUGGAUGAUAUUUUAUUGGUAGGAGCACAAACAGGUUCAUUUUUAUACAAUAUUUUUACAGUCAUAGCGGGACAUUUUUCAUUGAGAAGUGAUGAUUGGCUGGUGCCUCUGAAUGCAUUGGCUUCUAUAGUGCAAACAGCUUGUCAGACCAUGUUCAUAUUGGAUGCAAGUCGUCGCCAGGCAGUGACACCCGAACAUAUACGCAAGAAACCCGGUAGAGAAAUUGUCACCUUUAUGUUGGUGGUCAAUUUGGCUAUGUGGGCUAUAAGUACUUUGGAAAAGUCGAGAGCCGAAUCACAUCCCAUACAACUGAAUUUCUAUGGUUUGUGGGCCUGGACCAUUAUUACACAUGUGUCCAUGCCACUAGCCAUAUUUUAUCGUUUCCAUUCGACUGUCUGCUUGUGCGAAAUCUGGAAGAGAGCCUAUAAACUUAAACCGACAUUUAUGUGAGAAUUAGCCCGCGAGCGCAUUGCAAGCAUUGCGCAACAACAGCAAUUUUGUGAAGAUCUUAAAACAAAUUUAUCCUACUGUUACUGUUCAACCACCAUUGUGGAAACAAUUGAAGAAGUGGACAGUAGUGGCAGUAAUAAUGGUAAUGGCAAUAGUAAUGGAAACUCAAAUGGUACGAACACAGCGAAUGGUAAAGCUAAUGCUAACGGUAAAUGUUCUGAAACUGAAACUACAGCCCAAGUUGAAGGUGAAACUGGUUGUGGUACUGGUACAGAAGCUACUGAAGAAGAAGAUUUAGAUACUACCGACAAUGAAACCACAAUCGAAAUCAAACAACAACCGAAGCAGCAGAUUGCAAUAUCGAGAAAAUCAUCGGGUGGUGGUGGCAGUGUGGGCCAACGUGCAUUUUGUCCGGUCUAUAUAAUAAAUGGUGAAUGAGUUUAUAUGCAAUUUGAGUACAUUGAUGCCAUCAGUCAACGUGAACUCACAUUUGUAUGAAUCUUUUCUUUUUUUAUAUAUCUAUAUAUAAACAACAACUAAAACAACAAGCAAUGCUUUCAUUUAUACAUUUUGAAAAACUCAAUAAACUUAGAUAAAUAAAAUCUGACCAAUUUUUAUUUUAAAUUUUAAAAUCUAAAAAAUUUUGAUUAAAAUAAAAUAAAAUAAAGAAGAAAACAUUUUUGCAUUAAACACACAGAUAUUUACACACAAAACACUUUUUGUAAUUGUAGACAACAGUUUUCUUAAUUAAUUUUCUUGAUUUUCUUUCGUAACAUAUCUCUGUUUUAAGAUGAAAAUUAAAUAAGAAAAAUAUUUAAAUAAAAACAUUAAAUGGUUAAAUUAGUUUACUUAAAGAAAUAAGUAAAAAUAGAAAACAAGUAAAAUGUUCAAAUUUAGCUAAAAUACGAUAAUGUCAUUAAAAGAAGAUGAAAAAAUAAAACUGAAAAAGAAAUAAUAAAUUCAUAGUUAACGUAACUCGCAUUACAAGUAAAUGACAAGAAAACAAAAUAAAAAAAUAAUUGAUAAAAUUUGUUGUUCUAAUUAGAUCUCGUAUAAAAAAAAAACCCAAAAGAAAAACCAAAAUAAUGCAUUCGAUAAGAAAAAGAUAAUUGUAGUUAAACUUGUAUAAUCGUAAUUAAACGUUUUUUUCUUUAUUUCUAAUGAUAAUAUUAAAACACGAACACCAGUCAAGCAUUUAAAUUAUUAAAAAUAUAUAAUGA